AUGCGGGCGAUACCCAGUGUUUUCUUGUGCGCCGCAAUUCCCAGCGCUAGCCGGUUCCAGCUGGGGCCGCUAGGGCCCACUGGAGCCCACUGGAGCGACUGGAGCCCGCUGGGGGGUCCGCUGGGGCCCGCUGUGGCUCUCCCCAUACAUAGUCUGGACAUGUCCCAUCGGCUCGUAUUGCACGGCACACGGCGGACUAGCACAAAAGCCCGGCGAGCCGCGAGUCUAGCCAGCGCGCGAGGCAUGCCUCCGGCUCCGGGCUGCCAGAGCCAAUCGCAGACAUCUAGACUGGGCCGUGGCCUCAGCCCUCCUGAUGACGGCCUGAUCUGCGUCCUGUCAGUGGCCGCCGCCGCGCUUGGCUGGCUCAGCUGGAAACCGGAUCUCCAACGUCCACCUCGUAUUACAUACAUAGCAACGCUCGUACUCGGACGAUAG